AUGUCCCCACCUAAAGCUUCAUCUGCGCAAAACUUGUGUGUCUGUGUGCAGCUCGGCAGUCUGCCACCAGAGAUCGGACAGCUGAAGAAACUCAGAGUUUUAUUCGUCUACAGAAACAGACUGACGGAAGUUCCUGCAGAGCUGGCAGCCUGCACGCAACUCGAGGUUCUGAGUUUGGCCAACAACCAGUUGUCUUCGCUGCCCGAGUCGCUCUGCAGUCUGACCCGCCUGAAGAAACUCAACCUCAGCCACAACAACAUCGCGUACCUCCCGGCCUGCAUCGGCAGCAUGAAGGCUCUGGUCUUCCUCCACCUCUCCUGUAACCGUCUAGAGAAUCUUCCCGAGAACAUCCGGUCUCUGGAGGAGUUAAAGAUCCUCAUCGUGGAGGGAAACAGCCUCCACUCCCUGCCCAAAGCCCUCUGCUCCCUCCCCAGGUUGGAGCUGCUGAAUCUGGACUUCAACGACAUCAAGGACGUCCCACAGGAGCUGUUCCAUCUGUCCCGGCUGCAGAGACUUGCCGUCCAUCCGUUGGAUAAAGGGUUGCACCUCGUCCACAACCCGCUGCAGAAACCUGUCAGGGAGGCGCUGGAAGGGGGGGGGCUCAGCAUGCUGUUCAGCUACCUGAGGGCAGGGGGCGGGGCUUAUUAACACCUGGGCGGGGCUUAGUACCGCCUGGGCGGGGCUUAUUAACACCUGGGCGGGGCUUAGUACCGCCUGGGCGGGGCUUAUUAACACCUGGGCGGGGCUUAGUUCCACCUGGGUUAAGUGCAUUAGUGCGUCGGUCAACAGAAAGUUUAGGAAACAGGAAGUUGACCGACACACUCUGUGAAAGCCCAAAAAAACAACAGGUGAAGAGGUGAAGAGGUGAACAGGUGAACAGGUGAACAGGUGAACAGGUGAAGCAAACAGAUAUAUUUUUGUGAUGAAUUAUUCUGUCUAAACAACACAUGUUGUGUUCUGGUUUCAGAAUGAUAAAGUUUAAAAGCAGUUCUUACCUCUGUCUCCCUGUUUUACAUGAAUGUGUCCCGUUAAUAAAAUGCAUUAUAAUCA